AAAAUGACAUAUAGUAUUGUCAUAUGUGACGUGGACCAAUAAGAACAUUUGUGUGGAGGAGCUCGUGUUUCGAGGAUCCUCUCCUUUUUUGGACGUUGUUUCCUUCCGGGUUGGACCGCCCAAUAGAAAGUUGGACGUCAACGGAAUUGGGCGUCGACACCACAGAUGUUAAACGUUCUCGUUCAAAUGUCUAUUAUUCUGUAUCGAGUGUAGGGUUAAAGCUAUUCGGCCAAGUUUCGAAAUGCUAAGUGAUUACGCACCUCCGUCUCUAUAGCGUUUUACAAGUGCCAAACAACACGCAAAACAAGAUUUGUUAACGUACGCGUACCAUUAAGGGCGGGGGUUGCUCGACUCCCUUAUUCUCUGCAUGCUUACAGUGUGAUCGUCAAUCUAAGGAUAUACAAGAAACAUUAAAAGAAAAUCAAAAUGAUUGCCGAUGGUUAUUUGGUUGGGGAUGGUUCGUGGGAACUGAGAGUCUACGUCACUGAUCUUCAAGUAGAAAGGAAUUUGAGAGUCAAAGGAGAUCUUCACAUUGGAGGUGUUAUGUUAAAGUUAGUUGAAGACCUUGAUGUUGCCAUCGACUGGUCUGAUCAUGCCCUCUGGUGGCCAGAGAAAAACACAUGGUUGACGCACACCAGGUCAACUCUGGACCAGUGUGGUGUCCAGGCAGAUGCAGUUCUUCAUUUCACUCCUAUGCAUAAAACUUUAAGAGUACAAUUGCCAGAUUUACAGUAUUUUGAUUUAAAAGUAGAUUUCUCAGUUAAAACCUUCGCAUCAGUGGUUAAUCUAUGCAAAGAAUUAGGUAAGUUUAUAGUGAACAAACGAUAAAGAUCA